CUCACGUCCCCAUAUAAUGCACUAUUUCGUUAUCUCAUCUCUUUGCAGCUGCUUCCCAUUCUCUGGCGAUCACUCAGAGCAGAGAGGAGGAGCAACACAGACCAAUUUGCGAGGGAUUCUACAUGUUUGCUUCUUUGCUAUUUUGAGGUUCUCUCACCUGUGUCCAUAAUUCAAAAGAAUACAACUAUAGGAGGAAUGGAGUUGGAAGGCAAACUUGAAGCGGAAGCGGAAGAUAGGAUCAGUGAAUUACCAGAUGCAAUUCUUUGUCACAUACUUUCGUUCCUUCCCACCACAUUAUAUGCUGUGCGGACUACUAUUUUGUCUACCAGAUGGAAAAACGUAUGGACUUCCGUUCCCAACCUAGUCUUUGAAGACAGAGAAUUCCCUGGAAGAUUUGAAGCUUUUAUGAUGUUUGUUGAUCGUGUAUUUUCAUUACGCAACAACUCGUCCAACAUCCUGAAAUUUCGUUUCCUUGGUGGUAGCAAUGUAGAAAAGGAGGAUAUCUCUCGUAUUGAUCGCUGGAUAUGCACUGCUGUCAGGGGUAAUGUUGUUGAACUUGAUCUUCAGUUUUAUUCUGGAACGUUUGAAUUCAAAAUGCCUCAAAGCGUGUUCAUAUGCAAAACUCUGGUGACUUUGAGGGUAGAAUCAGAUUGUAUUAGCUAUGCUCCUCCUUCAACAUCAGGUCCUUUCCCAAGUCUUAAGCUCCUUGAUUUUACAGCUUUUAAUGAUUAUACUACCUCACUGGUAAAGCUUUUUCCUUUAUGCCCGGUUCUUGAGGAUUUGGUGAUUGGUAUAAAUGGUUAUGAUAAGAAUGUCAGAAUCUCUGCACCUGAAUUGAAGACGUUAAGGAUACACUCUCCAUGGGACGAGGUUAUUGAGUUUUUUUAUUGAUUCCCUAAAGCUUGAAUACCUUGAUGUCUGUGACCAAAGCUUGGAUUUGGCUUCUCUGCUAUAACUAUAAUUUGCUAGAAAAAAAAGUGCAUCAUCUGGCCCUUAAAACUUCUUGAUGUUUCUUGAUGUGGCAUCAGCUGGCCCUUAAAACUAUAUUUGACGGCUAUGAUGAAAUCCAAGCAAAUUAUAAAGCUUAUCACCUUAUUCUUUUGAGAAUGCAAAAUCCUUAAGUCACAGCCAAAAUUUUUUUCAACUAUGAAGAUGUUGACUGUGCAUCUAGGUUACUGGGAGGAGUUUCCUGUGUACAAUAUUUGUCUCUUGAAGCUCCUAAUUUUUUGGAAUGCCACCUGCCCACUUUCAACCAUUUGAAGCAAUUGAAGCUACUUGUCUUUUAUUCCUCUGACUGGGAGGAAUAUGUAACAGAGUUGACAGAGUUUCUCAAGAGAUCACCUUGUCUUGAACAUCUUGUUUUAGAAAUUGGUUUAAUCGGAUCAAAGUGUGAAGGAGAUGAGGAGCCCUUCAAUCCACCUGAGUCUGUGCCUAGUUGUUUGCUUUCGCACCUUAAAACGAUUUCCAUUUCUGUUAAGGGAUAUGAAAAUCAGUUACAAGUCGUAAAGUAUUUGUUGAAGUUCAGUGAAGUUCUAACUACAAUGACUAUUUCUCUAAUUUCCUCACAUUGCAAGGCAAAACAGGAGUUGUAUGAGGAAAUUUUAACGUUUCAAAAGGGGUCGAAGACUAGUGAGCUUGAGUUUGUCUAAGAUGCAGUCCAGUGACUUGCCAAAGUUGUAAAAGCAUCAUCUUUGUUGAUCGAAAUGGAUUUAUUUUUGCAGUAAAGCAUCAUCUUUGGAACUUGAAGUUAAAUUUGUUUAUAUUUCCUGUUUCUACAUUUUGAUGUAUCUCUUUCAUUGUCUUGAUCAGUCAGUUAUCUUAUAUGUAUAUCAAUGAAACGACUGC